AAUGAUCCAGAGAAAUCUUCUAAAGAUUGUCAAUUAGUUGCUGAUCUCCUUCAUAAAUAUGGUUUCUUAUGUGUUAAAGAUCCACGUGUAGAUGAUGGACUAAAUGAUAAAUUUAUUGAUAUGUUAGAAAAAUAUUAUGAACAAAGUGAUGAAUUAAAAGCGAAAGAUAUACGUAAAGAAGUUUUCUCAAUGCUAAAUGAAUUUCUUUCGAUAUUGAAUCUUUAA